CCAAUAGGAGGACAGGACACUCAUACCCAAAUUAGGGAAAAGAGGGGCGGGGCUUCGUGCUCUUCGGCGAUUAUACCAGUGUCCAAUUUCCAACAUAUCAAUAAGUUGAUGUAACAUUAAGUGUCCAGAGUCAAGUUCGAGGGACGACGUUCGAAAUGGCAUCUUUCUCCCCCAACUUCCAUAGUCAGGUAAAUGAGGUCGACGCCAUGACCGAUGUUUCUCUACAUGACGCACAAGAGGUGGCACCUUUCACGCUCUGGUCUCCCAGUGGUCACGGCCAUCCCUAUGAACUCAAGGACUGCAUUAACCGCAGGGAAAACACUAACAGCAAUGAAGCAGAAGAGGAAACUGAUCUACAGGGAUUAGUGUCCAAUAUUUUGGAUGAAGGUGACACCCAAGGCAGUCUCUACUAUGACGGGAGCCCAUCCAUUGGAAGCACUAUCUGGUGUUCAACGCCUUCGACGGAGGAGUUUCCACCAUAUUUCCGAUCCCAGUAUAAACAAGACGGCGCCCCAUUUCUUCCGAGCCAUGUUCCCAGCGAGGCUUUCCUUCAAGGACGAGUGGAGUCGGCGGGCACAAACGGCCAGUUCCCUCAGCAGCCCGGUGGCAGUUCUGCUAAUCAGCAGUGGCAUGUUAGUGUUACUGAUGGAGACAGAGACAGCUUAUUCAGCCCUCCCCGGAGGCGGCCGCCAGGUCUUCCCGUUCUCAGAACGGGAAACCACUUCCAAUCGCAGAUGCCGCCGAGCGCGUACCACCAAUCAGCUGAUUUGCACCAAGCAAAUCAUCAGCCGGUUGACAGCUUCCAUCAAAUCAGCGACGUCUUUCAGCAGCCCAACGAGAAUCGCAACCCUUUAUUUGAUCUUUCCUCUGAAAGCCGGAAUGCGAUGGCCAUUUCUCACAUGGAGCAGUAUCUCCAGGAAACCACCAACCAAUUGGUGAGCGGUUUCCAAUCUCUCUUGGCGGAAGAACCUGACAGAGGACAUUACAAAGGUUUUCCAAACAUGCAAAUAAAGACAGAACACCCGGAAGAAAGCAUGGCUGAACAAUGGAAAAUCCUCAGCGGGGGCAUGCCGAUGUUUAACAUGCCACCAACGCACAUCCAAAAACAGCUGGAGGAAGAAUUAUGUAGCAUGACAAGGGGCAGAAAUGACAUGGCGGGAAAACCGAUCGACAUUCAAGGAUGGUCAGGGUUUGGCGAUGAAAACGCCGGAUAUUUUCCGCAAACAAAGCCCAUCUUUGCGCCUUUAAAUCCCCCAAACCAGCACCAGACUGUUCUAAAUAGGAACACGCACCUGUUUUAUAGCCCCCGCACCCAGCAGGGGCAUGUGCAGCACAAGAUGAAGCCACAGACGCAUAAGGACAAGAAGAGGACGUCUGGCUGGUUCGGACAAAAGCUUCUAAACAACGCCCGCGUGACGGAGAACAACAAGAGACCACACGUUGACCUCCAGCCCAACAUGCAGAAAGCAACUGGAGAAAACCACAUGCCUCUCAAGUAUCCUGCCGGUGACCUUCGAAGGACGUCCUGGUCGCCUAUGAAGUAUCAGCCAAAAGACACCUCCAGGCACACUGCGCCAAAUCGAAGCGGCCCUCUCGGCUCGACGUUGCACACUCCGCUCAGUCACUCCGAGGCUCACACCGGAGACGGUUACGGCAGUUUUGCAGCUUUACUGGAAAAUAAUCAAGGGUUACACGUGAUCCAGCUUUACUUCCACCUGGAUGAGUGUUAUGAAGAGUGGAAGAAUUUGGAGAAUGAGUGGAAGAAGACCGAGGUCAUUCUCGCCAAAACAUUCCCGGGCGAAUGGACGCCAUCCGCGACCAACCCGUGCGGACCUCUGGAGUACCCCUUGAAAGUUGAGGACCUCCUCUUUAACCUGAAGAGGGAGCAAUCCGGGGUGGAGUGCCUUCUGUAUAAAAUGGAGUGCCUGUGCAAUGUACCGCUCCACGCCAACGUCUGCACGGCGCUGAGCCAUCACCACAUGGCCAUUUCCUGUGUCUCGGAGCUUGUGAACAUGGCCCAGCGUCAGCGGCACAUACCUCAUCCUACAGAGGACAAAGACACCGUGCUGCUGGUCUUCGCCCUGAAGGAGCUGGCAGGGGCCACCAGGAAGCUCCGUACGGCCCUGUGGUGCGCUCUCCAGAUGAGUCUGCCUGAACCUGUCAAGAGGCCGGACCACCAAGACGUAAACAGGGAAGAGACACACACACACAGCUGCCCCUCGUCUCCCAACGAGGGCUACUCUUUUAGGAUCUAGUGGACAUCAAAUAUAGUUACGUGCAUGGAUAGUUCUUCGAAAAGCCAUUGCAAAAAUGAUUCAAUCUCACACAAGAUAGCAGCUUCAUGCACUUACCUAAAACGUUUGUCGACUUAGUGAUCCGAACAGAAUUGCUGCUUUGACACUUUCAGCUUCAAGUGGACGGACUGUAAUCCAUUGUGAAGUUCCCCCACUAAAAUUUGUCUUAUUCAAUCACAACUUUAUUUAAAAGACAGUAUUUAUGUGCUUCUUGAAUAUUUAUUGAAAAGUUAGACUCAACGCUAACUACUUCUUAGGCACUAUUUGAAUCAUAAUUAAAUACACCACUUAUUGAAACAAUGUAAAAAAAAAAAAAGUUGGAUCAAAUAUCUGAAUUAUUUGUUUUUUAAUUCAUACUCAGCAGUUUUCCCAUUGGGAACAAGUGUUAUUACUGUGUCAUACUACAAUACUAUCAGUGAACUGGAACAAGAAUAUAUGAAUUGAACAAAAUCCUGCAGUUUUACCUCGGCCGCGAACAUUUCGACACCCUUUGAAUCAAAUCCUAGUAAUGAUUAAUUUGUUUGUCAUUUUGACGUUAAAAGUUGGCAGCUCAGUUGUUCAGAUGCUAAUUGUUGUUGCUCCAGUUACUUUUUUCAUGCGGUUACAAUGUUUGUUUUUUCCAUUCUACAUGUUUGUACUUUCUACAUUAAAAACAAAUUGAA